CGGCCAUAUUUUUCUCAUACGUCGUGUGGCAAACGUCAACAAUUGAUAUUAAAACACUCACUUCUAGAAAAUAAUAAUCAAAUUCUAAUUCUACACAAAAAUAUUUUUGAGUUUUGUUUGUGUGAUAUAUUUUAGAUGUUAAAAUGAAUCGUUCCGAAGGAUUGGUGCAACGAAGAAAUGUUCUAAAGGAUAACAAUUCCGAUGGAACAGUAAAAGAGAACCAUGACGAUGAUAAGAAAAACGAUAAAAAUUAUGAUGAUGGCGACUCAAAGGAAACUCGUUUAACAUUGAUGGAAGAAGUUUUACUAUUGGGAUUAAAGGAUAAAGAGGGUUACACAUCAUUUUGGAAUGAUUGCAUAUCUAGUGGUUUAAGAGGAUGUAUACUAAUUGAACUUGGACUACGAGGCCGCGUGGAAUUAGAAAGAGCUGGGAUGAGAAGAAAGGGAUUGUUAUCUAGAAAAGUUAUAGUGAAAUCAGAUUCACCAACUGGUGAUGUUUUAUUAGAUGAAGCAUUGAAACAUAUGAAAGAGACAGAUCCACCAGAAACUGUACAGAGCUGGAUUGAGUACUUGAGUGGCGAGACUUGGAAUCCAAUGAAGCUGAAAUAUCAACUGAAGAAUGUUCGGGAGAGGCUAGCAAAGAAUCUGGUGGAGAAAGGUGUUCUUACUACAGAGAAACAAAAUUUCCUACUCUUUGAUAUGACAACACAUCCUUUGACAGACAAUGUUGUCAAAUGCCGAUUAGUUAAAAAGGUGCAAGAGGCAGCUCUGCGGCGUUCACUGAGCGAGGUGGCGCAUGCGGACAAGCGUUCGUUGGCCCUUCUGAUGUUAGCACACUCUGCGGAUGUGCUGGAAAACGCAUUCGCGCCGCUAUCCGACGAGGACUAUGAGCUGGCGACACGCAGAGUCCGAGCUCUCCUCGACUUGGACUUCGAAGCGGAGGCGAUGCGACCCGACGCCUGUGAGAUCAUGUGGGCAGUAUUUGGUGCAUUCACCAAAUAGCAGUUGCAGCGUUUCUUCCGAUCUUAGGUAUGAUUAGACAUUAAUGUGUGUUUCCUUUAGUCGCGGUGACUCGAUUCGACAAAUGUGGUAUAUAUCAAAUCAUGCCAGUAUUAAACAUUCAAUAUAUGUAUAUAUUUUUAAUUGGAUAAACAUGUGUAAUGUGAUUUUGUGAUGUUAAUCUCACGUUUGGUACUAUUUACGUUGAUUAUUCACCACAUUAAGAUGUAGUGCAAGUUAAACUGGCACAAAGAUAUAUGUAGUUAAAUUGAUAGAUGUAACUGUUAGAUAUAAAUGCUAUGUAUAUGUGUCCCUUUUGUUAUCUAUCAUGCAUAUAUUUCUAGAAGUUUCUUAUGCCAGUAGAAGUUAAAAUAAAUUUUAUUUGUAACAAAAUUUGUUCCUUAAUGAUCAAAUCUAUGUGUUAAUAUUACUAUAAAAUAUAUAAUCAUGUUCUUGUAAAAUACCCAGAGAUACAGUUUGUAUUAUCGGGAGUAAUGUUUGUGGUAAUAUAAUUGCUGUAAAAAGGCUUAUGAUUCAUUGGAAGUAUUUAGUUGAUUAAAAACCCUUAUAAAUAAUGAAUUGACAUAAGACAACUGUUUUCAUAGAAUUGAUUGAUUUUUUUUAAUUCCGCUAGUUCUUAGAGCAUUAUUUCAAUUUAGGUAUCAGCUUUUAUCAAUUUUUUUUACAGCUUUUUAUCAACUUAAUUUUGAAAAAACAAUAAUUUUUAAUUUAGCUUGUUUACCUACCAGAUAAUAUAGGGCUUAAAAAAUUAACUUCUUUGAAAACAUUUUGUAUCUUUUUUUGUAAUUGCCUUUUAAGCUACCAACUUAUCUAAAUUUCCUAUUCCUAUUAUUUUAAUUACAUGUAAUAUGUAGUAUUCUAAGUUUGUAGUAAUUUCAUUUACAUUAAACUAAUUUGAUAAACGCUACAUUAAAAUUUGGAUCUUUUUAAUUUGUCAGUUAUAUUGUUUCAAAUAGUUGUCAUGUACUCAAGAUUGUAACUAUUCGGAAAAUGUCACUGAAUCCAAUUAUUCUUCCAACUUAAAUAGCUAAAAAAACAUUGUUCUAUAAGUCUUGAAAAAAUAACCGAGAUGUUAAAUGUCAGUUAUUUGCUAUGAAAUAUUAUCUUACAUUUCCCAAAUGGUUAACUAGCAAAACAGAUUUUUUUAACUAUAGUUUUAAUCUUUUUAGUAUUACAUUGCAUUAAAUUACAUACAUGUUUGAGAAUAUCCCGUGAAAGUUGUUAAUCAAUAAUAUGUUCUGAAAUCUUUUCUUCAUUAAAAUUUAUCACCCAAGUGAAUUUUGGCUAAUAUAAUUUAAAUUGAACAACAUGUACUUUUAAAUGUACUGUAUAUUGAAAGAAACAAUUAUUCUGUGACGCUAUUUUAUGUUUUUUAAACUGCAUUUUAUUACAAAUUUUGUCAUUUAGUAUUUAAUGUUUUUAGGACGAUUGUAUGUUAUUCCAUUUAAAUUUUAAUUUAUCUUACCAAUAUUUUAUUUGUAGUUGGUUUUAAAAUUGUGUGUUAUGCAAAUGUUUUUGACGCAAUCAUUUGUCUGUUUGAAAAUAUACUAUAAGAUAGAUAUAAAUAUUUACAGAGUAGUCAAUGUGACUAUUCUACAUGUAAACAAUAUUGCUUUUUUAAAUAAGUAAGAAAUAAGCAAUGUAUAUGGCUUCAAGAUAUUAAUAUAUACAUGGCUAUUUUUUAAUUACCAGAAUAAAUAUACUCUAAUAACUAUUGCCGAUAGUUAUCAUAUACUAGCUGUUCCCGUGUGACUUCAUACGCAUAAAAUUAUGAAAAUUUUAUUAUAUUGUUUACAUGUGUCAA